GGUUCAGCCGUGUCUUAAUUAGGACAUCCCGGAAGAGUCCCGGUGCUGUGCGCAGCUGAGUGACGGGGCAGGGACGCAGGGGACCGUAAGGCAGCAGCACACAGCCGCCAAUCCGUCCCUGGAUAUUGACAACCGCAUCAAAACAUCCAGUUCAUCCAGCAGAGGAGGGAGGUUCGUCACCAUGGAAGGUUUAGUGGAGCGACUGGAGCGAGCUGUGACUCGCCUGGAGCAGAUAUCUGUUACAAUGCAGUCCAGCGGCAUGGCUAAUGGGGACUGUAAUGGCAUCGAUGGAGGUAUGUCUCAGUGUGUUGAGGCUUUCGAUGUGUUGUUGCGAGGCCCAGUGUCAGACUACCUAAACCAGAGCCAAGCCAUAGGAAAUGAGGUGGAGAAACAUGCAGACAUGGUACACAAUGCCCUACAGACUCAGAGAACGUUUCUGAAAAUGGCUUCAACACAUCAGGAACCUGCACAGACGGAGCUGCGUGAUCUGCUGAAGCCUAUUUCCGAUCACAUCCAGGAGAUUCAGAAUUUCAGAGAACGAAACCGUGGCAGCAGCCUCUUCAACCACCUCUCGGCUGUCAGCGAGAGCAUCCCGGCUCUAGGCUGGGUGGCCGUGGUUCAGAAGCCCGGCCCCUAUGUGAAGGAGAUGAACGAUGCUGCCACCUUCUACACUAACAGAGUACUGAAGGACUACAAGGAAACUGACAGACGUCAUGUGGACUGGGUGCGCUCCUACCUGUCCAUCUGGACGGAGAUGCAGUCCUUCAUCAAACAACAUCACACAACUGGACUGGUGUGGAGUAAGACUGGCCCAAUUGCUCCUCCAUCUCUCUUUGAAACCCCAGUGGCCCCCAGUGCCCCCUGCCCACCACCUCCCCCAGGUCCGCCACCUCCCCCUGGCCCCCCUCCAGUCUUCACAGAUUACGAUUCUUCAGCAGGCGGUGCAGCUUCUCAGCAUUCAGCGCUCUUUGCCCAGCUCAACCAGGGCAUGGACAUCACUAAAGGUCUGAAACAUGUCAAGGAUGAACAAAAGUCUCACAAGAACCCCAAUCUACGCUCUCAAGCAGCACCACCUACCAAAACCAAGACCCCCGGGCUGGUGAACACACCCAAAGCAGCUGUCCAAAAAAGACCCCCUCUCCUGGAGCUGGAGGGGAAGAAAUGGAGGGUGGAGAACUUUGAGGGAAAACAUGACCUGAUCAUCGAUGAGACGGAGCUAAAACAAGUGGUCUAUGUGUUCAGCUGUAACAACUCCACCUUGCAGGUUAAAGGCAAGAUUAACUCCAUCAUUGUUGACAACUGUAAGAAGCUGGGUCUUGUUUUUGAGAAUGUAGUUGGCAUUGUGGAAAUCAUCAACUGCAAGUCCAUUCAGUUACAGGUUUUGGGUACAGUACCCACCAUUUCCAUCAACAAGACAGAGGGCUGCCAGGUCUACCUGAGUAAAGACUCACUCAACUGUGACAUUGUCAGUGCCAAGAGCUCUGAGAUGAACAUCCUGAUACCAGAGGGAGACGAUGACUAUAGAGAGUUUCCAGUCCCAGAACAGUUUAAGACGGUGUGGGACGGCUCCAAACUUGUGACAGAGCCCACUGAGAUCGCCGGCUGAGGACUCACACUUCAACAACACAACCAUCUUCACCCUCCAUAUAAAAAUAUUUCCAUGCACCCUGAGUUCUUUGGACCUCAGAGACUGUGUGACAGUAUGUUGUUCCCAGCACUUUGAAACUAGUGAUGGUUAAGAAGCUGAUUUCUAAAAAACAAAUCCCCACAGAACAUUUUUGGUUAAAGUACCCAAGCUUUUAGGAGUAUUUUCCAUUUCUUACAUCCAUGUGCCAUGUCAGUAAAGGCAAAUAUGUAAGACUAUAUAACUGUUGACAUAUAAACAUUCUUAUUUGUUUCUUUUUCUCCUCACCAUCAAUUAUGUCCUUUACAAUUGCUUCUUUUUUGUGUUAUUAUUGAUCACUUUAUACAUAUUUCAGACCACACCAUCCAAAAAACAAUGAUUGCUAAAGGCUAUAAUCAAACACACACACUAAAUCCAGUGGCCAAGUAGUCAGUAUGUUUUCAGUCAAGUGUUGAUUUAUGUGGUGGUUUUCUACCUAAUCUUAUGUAAGUAUAUCUUAGUUAUCCAUAGUGUGUGGUUAUUGUAUACUGUUUAAUACAUAAGGCUCCAAUGAAUACGCUGCAAAAAAAAAAAAAAAAAAAAAAUUAAGUCAGUUGAUGAAUAAAAUGAAUUCUUUGGUACCAUCUACCGUAAAAUACUCAAAUGUAAAAUGUCACAACCUGUCAUACUUAAUCAUACUAGUUUGUAUCUCACUAUAUUUUGUAACAGUAUAAAGUACCAGCAUGAGAGAAACAAAGAUGUACAUCGCAAAUACCUUCAAAACAAUUUAGUUUACAUGAAAACAAUUUGAUGUAAUUGUGUAUCAUUUUUCCAAAUAAACUCAAAAUCCUCA